AUGAAGACAACCUGCAUCCUGAGAAACCCACAAACGUAUGAGAACAUUACAGAAACCCACAAACGUAUGAGAACAUUUACAGAAACCCACAAACGUAUGAGAACAUUUACAGAAACCCACAAACGUGUGAGAACAUUUACAGAAACCCACAAACGUGUGAGAACAUUUACAGAAACCCACAAACGUAUGAGAACAUUUACAGAAACCCACAAACGUGUGAGAACAUUUACAGAAACCCACAAACGUAUGAGAACAUUUACAGAAACCCACAAACGUGUAAGGGCUCCAUGCUGGGGACGCAUAUUCAAGAGUGGGUCUGACCUUCCCUGUAUACAGGGCCUGGAGAGACCCUCUGUCCAAGUUCCUGAAGGAGGCACAGAUGAUGCAACGACCACGGAACACACACCAGGGACUGAGAGUUUAGAGAGCCAAAUUAGCAAUGUGGAAGGACGUGUCGAGGUACACGAAAAUGACGGUAAUAUGGAAGAACAAACCGGUAAUAUAAAUAAUGACAGUAAUACUGAGAAAGAUGAGAGCAUAAAUGAGAAAGAUGAUGGCAAUACUGAGAAAGAUGAGAGCAUAAAUGAGAAAGAUGAUGGCAAUACUGAGAAAGAUGAGAGCAUAAAUGAGAAAGAUGAUGGCAAUACUGAGAAAGAAUGCAGAAACGAAAAAGAUAGGACAAAAAACACAGACUACUCCAAAAUAGAGCUAACUCCGCCCACUAGUAGACAGCCCCAGGCCAUCUACCAAGCCACACCUUACCCUGCAGCUUGUUUGAAGGACCCACCCGGCCACCCGGCUACAAUUAUGAGCUUAGCAGAAACAAAGUCAACUUCACGCGACCUGACCUUGGCACUUGGUGACCAUUAA